CCGCCGACGAUCCUGGACCGGCGUUCCCCUCGCCACGACGUUAAUCCGUCUCGAAGAACGCUACGGAAACGGAAGGCUCGGAUGGCAUCCCUGGGUUGCUUUCCGCUAGCGAGUGGUCCCCUCUACCCGCGACCCCGUUAGAGGCCUAUCCAGAGCGAGGCGGCGUCGGGGGGUGGCGAGGAGUUUGUCUGGCCGUCGAUCGGCCGGUCGGUGUCGUCGGUUAUCGCAGUCGCUCGGCCAGUAGCUCCCGGAGGCGCGUGCGGACACCAGAGACCCAUCAUCUCGGCACCAUGAGGACGCGAUCGCUCCUCGUCCUCUGCAACGUCUACCUACUCCUCGACUGCUGCGUCGUGGGGGCUCUGCAGUGCUUCGAGUGCAACAGCCACAACGAGAGCCGAUGCGCGGAAAAGCAGCCACCGGAUAGUCUGAAGAAGGACUGCUCGGAGCACGUGGAGGGCGCCAAGUACACCAUGUGCAGGAAGAUCACGCAGGUCAUCGAGUUUAGCGUGAAUGGACUGCCCGCUGAUACCAGAGUGAUACGAGGCUGCGGAUGGGACGAGUCCAACUACAAGGGGAAGUGCUACCAAAGAAGUGGUUUCGGUGGCCGUCAGGAAGUCUGCUCCUGCACGACCGACUUCUGCAACGACGCCGUGCGGUCUGGAUUUGGAGCAGCCUCCGGAUCUUUGAUUCUUCUAUGUCUUUUGGGGAGCUUCUUCGGUUGCGUCUCUGGCCUGGUUCGCCUCUAGGGCCCUUCGUAUCGAUCAGCGUCGCGGUCGACCUCGGAAGGGGUCGAUCCUCGCCGGGGCAUUGGACACCGAGAUAGGGAAAAAGACCGCUCCCGUCGUAGAUAAGAUAAGAUUUGGAAAAAAAAAAUAAUAACGCGUUACCGAUCGCGGUGCUCGAAUUUUCGUCCCGUCGCGGGAGGACGGUGCGUUUUACCGUCCGGCACGGAACGGAACCCGUGACGCCGUGAAAUCCAAUCUCGGUACGGCGUGAAUUGGUUCCGUUGCGUUAUCGAUAGAUCCACCUGUAUUCCGAAUUUCUGUCCCAAAGUGCCGAGAUCAUCUCGCUUUUGGUGAUCGAUCCAUCCUCGAGCAAGUGUCGCAACGCCAGUGACGCGACGUCGGCUCGGUAAAGUCCCUCGGACGGUGAAUUAGCCGUCUCGAUGGGACCACGACACUCCACCCGAUUACCACCACGCGUUUCCGACGUCACGGCUUUGGUAGCGUACCUUUAAACUUUUUAAGGCAUAUAACGGAAAUAAUAAAACGUGUAAUGAUAUUCCGGUGGCGUAUGUUUGACGCAUGUGAUGUAUUUUAGACGGCAGAUAUGUAUGUUGUAAUCCUGGUUCUCCUUGUGUCCGAUUGGACCUCUGUAAAAAUAAGGUCGGGGGUUGAGACAGGGAAAAAGAGCGCUCCCGUUGUAGAUAUGAUUAGAUUUUGAAGAAAGAAAAAAAAUUAAUAAUGCGUUAAAAUCAGACUGGACGAACAGUCGAUAUAUACGUCGCGGUAGAUCUAUUCGUUUUAUCGUCUGGAAUGGAGCGGAAUCCGUGAAAAGGAAUUCCGGUACGGCAUUCAUGGUUUCAGAGCGGUAGAUUGACUCAUGGUUCUUGAAUCUCUGAGCCAAAGUGCCGAUUAUUCUUUAAUCUCGCAAUUGUCGCACCGAGGGUAAUGUUACGUCGACUCGGUAUAAUAAUAUUAAGCCGGAUACCCGGACGGUGAAUCAGCCUUUCCGAAGGAAUCACGUCAUUCUACUUGAUAUCGACCGCGCGUUUCCGGCGUCACGGCUUGUGUAACGUAUGUUUAUACUUUUAAGGUAUAUAAGGGGAAGAAUAAAACCUCCCGUAAUGAUA